AUGAAGACUACGUGGAAAGAUAUCCCUCCUGUGCCCACCAGCCAGGAGUUCCUGGAUAUCGUCCUCAGUCGUACGCAGCGACAGCUGCCGACCCAGAUUCGUGCGGGCUUCAAAAUCAGCCGUAUUCGAGGAUUCUACACUCGAAAAGUCAAGUACACCCAGGAAACGUUCUGUGAAAAGUUCCAGGCGAUUUUGGAUGGAUUCCCCAGACUGCAGGAUAUCCAUCCUUUCCACAAGGAUUUGAUGAACACCCUCUACGAUGCCGAUCAUUUCAGAAUUGCCCUCGGUCAAGUCUCGACUGCGAAACACCUGAUCGAAACCGUGUCCCGCGACUAUGUCCGCCUCAUCAAAUAUGCACAAUCCCUGUUCCAGUGCAAGCAGCUGAAGCGCGCCGGUCUCGGUCGCAUGGCCACUAUCUGCCGUCGCCUGAAAGAUCCUCUCGUUUACCUCGAACAAGUCCGACAGCACUUGGGUCGUUUGCCAUCGAUUGACCCGAACACCCGCACUCUCUUGAUUUGCGGAUACCCCAAUGUUGGAAAGUCCAGCUUCUUGCGCAGCAUCACCCGCGCCGAUGUCGAUGUUCAGCCCUACGCUUUCACGACCAAGAGUUUGUUUGUUGGUCAUUUCGACUACAAGUACCUGCGAUUCCAGGCUAUUGAUACACCCGGAAUUCUCGACCACCCUCUUGAGGAGAUGAACACCAUCGAAAUGCAGUCCAUUACUGCCAUUGCCCACUUGCGGUCCGCCGUGAUGUACUUUAUGGAUCUUUCCGAGCAGUGCGGUUACUCCGUCUCCGACCAGAUCAAGCUCUUCCACAGUAUUCGGCCUCUUUUCGCCAACAAGCUCGUUUUCAUCGUGGUGAACAAGAUUGAUGUCCGACGACCGGAGGACCUCGAACCCGAACUGCAGGAGGAGAUGCAGAAGAUGCUCAAGACGGGUGAUGUCGAGAUGCUGCAGCUUUCUUGCACUACCACCGAAGGUGUAACAGAUGUCAAGAAUGCCGCUUGCGACAAGUUGCUUGCUGAGCGCGUAGCACAGAAGCUCAAGUCUGGAUCGAACAAUGCCGGCACUCCAGGUGGGAGACUCGGCGAUGUCCUGGCCCGUAUUCACGUCGCACAGCCCAUGGGUGGUGUGCAGCGUGAGACUUUCAUCCCUGACGCCGUCAAGGGUCUCCAGAAGUACGACAAGAACGACCCCAACCGGAAGAGACUGGAGCGGGAUCUCGAGGAGGAGAACGGUGGCGCUGGUGUUUACAACAUCGAUCUGAAGAAGACAUACACACUCGCAGACGACGAUUGGAAGCACGACAAGAUCCCCGAAGUCUGGAACGGCAAGAACAUUUACGAUUACGUGGAUCCGGAUAUCGAGGCUAAGCUCGCCGCUCUGGAGGAAGAGGAGGAGAAGCUCGAGGCCGACGGCUACUACGAGUCGGACGAGAGCGUCGAGGAUGCCGAAGACGCCGACACCCGAAUGAAGGCGGAUCUGAUCCGCGAAAAGCGCACCCUUAUGCGCAACGAGGCCAAGCUCCGCAAGUCCCUCAAGAACCGCGCGGCCAUCCCCCGCAGCGCAAAGGCCAAGAAGCUCUCGCAAAUGGAGCACGCCCUCGACGCAGCCGGCUACGACGGCGACGCCGCCGUUGCCCGCGCCCGGUCCCAGAGCCAAGUCCGCGGACGCACAUCGACCCGCAGCGAAAUCGACACUGGCGACGCCAUGGACGUCGACCAGAACGACCCCAAGCUGGCCAUUGCCCGCGCCAAGGUUCGCGCUCGCAGCCAAGCUGCUACAGAUCGUCUGCACGAUGGUGUUACCAGCGAGACCGCCCGCUCCAAGGCCGAGCGUCUAACCAAGCUGGGCCAGAAGAAGAUGAACCGCAUGGCCAGACAGGGAGAGGCCGAUCGUCACCAGACCGUCUCUCUCACCAAGCAUUUGGUCGCCGGAAAACGUGGCAUGGGCAAGACGCAACGUCGUUAA